AUGAAGGGUAACAUGUUGAUCUUUCCACCAUUAUGUUUGCUCCUUUGCUUGAGGCUGCCUGUAGACUCCAUGACGAUCCAUUUGAACCUCACACCACGAGGUAACAAUGAAGGCAUCCCAUUGAGCAUGGUUGAAGAUUCGGUUGAUGACAUGUAUUUCGGCUGCAAUGAAGCAAUGAUGAAAAUAGUCAAGGACAAAUACUUAGAGAACGAAAAGAAAACAAAUGCUUGGAAAAAAGCAAAAGAUUGUACUGAAAAAAAAUUCAAAGAGAGAUAUGAUAAAGCUCUAACCAAGGAUCACAUACAAGCAAUCUGUGUUUAUACCUCUAAUGAUUUGUACGCGGACUUCAAUCAGGCAGUCCGGACAGAAAGGAACAUCUAUGGCUCCUCAUUUUCAUACCAUUCUUUGCAUUACCUGCUGACAUCUGCCAUACAGAUCUUGAAUAACAAGAACUCCUGUCACAUUACCUACAGACGAUCCAGGAAUAAGUUUACUGGCAGAGUCAACCAAAUAAUUCGGUUUGGCAACUUUGCCUCCAGCUCUUUCAGAACAGACUUGACAGGCUUCGGUCAAGAGACCUGCUUUAAAAUAAAGACCUGUUCUGGUGCUUUCUUGAAAAAUUAUUCAAUUAAUGAUCAUGAGGCAGAGGUGCUCAUCCCCUACGAGACGUUCAAGAUAACAGAGGAAAUUAAUUUUCCGGUUAAAAUCAAAGGUCUGGGAGAUUGUAAAGUUGUCUUUGUCUUGGAGAGUGCAGGAGGAAAGAGCAAUCUGAGCUGCACAAUU